CACUCUAGCGGAAAAUGCGUUAGUGAAUGUUGUUUACCGGCAUGUCCGUGGUGGAAAGGGCUCUAGAUAUUCUGCUCCAGGAAGCGGAGGAGCUGUGCAUCGGGAGUAGCGUCGUGGAGCUGGACAAGAUUCCGACUGCCUUGGAGUUUUGUCGGGAAUUCUACUCCAAAAACCAGCCGGUGGUCAUUCGCAAGGCACUCAACUGGCCCGCGAUUGGGAAAUGGACGCCGAAGUACCUAAUCGAGGCUCUCGGGGACAGGAGCGUGGAUGUAGCAAUCACCCCGAACGGCUAUGCCGACGGGUUGGCCACUCAAAAUGGACAGGAGUACUUCGUUCUGCCGCUGGAGACGAAAAUGAAACUGUCCGAGGUGGUCCGCCGCCUGGAUGAUCCCACUGGUGCUGUCCACUACAUACAAAAGCAAAACUCCAAUCUCAGUGUGGACCUACCGGAACUGGCUGCUGAUCUGCGGGUCAGUGAUCUCGACUUUGCCCAGCAGUCCUUUAACAAACCGCCUGAUGCUGUUAACUUUUGGCUGGGCGACGAGCGAGCCGUUACCUCCAUGCACAAGGAUCCCUACGAGAACGUGUACUGCGUGAUAUCCGGUCACAAGGACUUCGUCCUCAUCCCGCCGCACCAGCUUAGCUGCGUACCCCGAGGAAUUUACCCUACAGGCGUUUACAAGACCUCUGAUAGUGGUCAGUUCUACAUUGAACCCUUGAGGGAUGAGGAAGGCAGCGAUCAGUUCACGGAAUGGGUCAGCAUUGAUCCCCUGUCACCCGACCUGGCCAAAUAUCCGGAGUACGCCCGGGCCAAGCCUCUCAAAGUACGCGUUAACGCGGGAGACAUCCUGUACCUGCCCAACUACUGGUUCCACCAUGUGUCCCAAAGCCACAAGUGCAUCGCGGUGAACUUCUGGUACGACCUGGACUACGAUAGCCGGUACUGCUACUACCGCAUGCUGGAGCAGAUGACGACCGCAAGAAGUGACUAGUAGAAUCAUGAGA